GUAAAUUUGAAAGCAGUUCGAAAGCAGUUUUUUUAAAGAAGGAAAAAUUUCGAAAAAUUACUAAAAUUAGUGAAAUUCGUGCAAUUUAAAAGCAUAUUUUCGUGGAAUCGGGCAAAUAAACAACUGGAAAAACGUUGCCGAAACUGAGAAAAUAUCGAAAAUUAAUCGAUUAUAACAUCUUAAAACACAAAUUUGCAGCGAAGAUGAUACGAUCGCACCAGCAGCAGCAGAUAGGCGCGUUGCCCGACUGCCAGAAGGAACUGAAGAGCUGGAAGGACAAAUUCGAGAUGGAUACGUUGAAUCAGCUGGAUUUGGUGCAAUUUUUCCACACAAUCAGUCCGUACUUUCUCACAAUCGAGCCGAAAGACGACCCGAGCGACUUGGGUUGUUGUGCAUUCGACGAAGCGGGUGCCAAGGCAGCGAUUAUCGAUGUUCUCGAGGAACUAAUUUGCGGCGACAAUCCGCAACUGGUACUCGAAAAGAUCAAAACGGAAGAAAAUGUGCCCUCGGUAUGCGGCAGAGUCUUCAAAAGUGGCGAACCUACGUACAGUUGUCGCGAAUGCAGCAUGGAUCCAACUUGCGUUUUGUGUGCGGGGUGCUUUGGAAAAUCGACACAUCGACAUCACAAGUACAAGAUGAGUACGAGUGGCGGCGGCGGAUGUUGCGAUUGCGGCGACCGGGAGGCUUGGAAACGCGAUCCGUACUGCGAGGAACACAAAUUGGGCUUGGAGAAGCAAGGCGAUAGUAAAAUAGUGACGGAACGGAUGAAAAAAAUUUGUUACAUUGUCUUUCGGAGUAUUUUGUCCUUUUGUACGAAAUGUUUCCAAAUGAAGGGAGAGAACCUGAACCCAUCAGAUUUUGACGGAGACAUAUUUUGUACAAUUUUGUACAAUGACGAAGUGCAUACGUUCGAUCAGGUCAUCCAAACCCUCACGAACAUCAUUAAAAGCAACCAAAAGGAAGCCCUCGAGAACGUUACGGCAAUCGAUCGUGAAGGCAGAGCAGUUGUCAAAUGCGCUACUUAUGCCAUUUGCAAGAAAUUACAGCAAGAAAUCGAACGAAAACCCGUGAGGACGUUAACAGCUAAAAAUACUCCGUUAAAGGUCGAUGUCUUGCACAAAGAUGUCGUCGCUUGUCAAUACGUCACGAUGUAUCUCCUAUCGUGGUUUCAGGAUUUCAUGACGAAACAUCAGGCGUUUCGGGCGAUUUUUUAUGAAAUUGUAACGGAAUCGGGAAAUCCUUAUUCCUUAAAGAAUAUUUUGCUAAAUGACAUUAAUUUGUGGAAAGAAGCUCGUACGAGUUGGCAUCGCCUCCUUAUAUCCGGCAUGCUAAUGGAAUAUGAGUACAAAAAAAAGUUGGCAGUGACUUUUACGCAAAAAUACUCGCAACUCAUGCAAGAAUUCAUCCGAGACGAUCAUUUCCACACAUUUUCCAUCGUUUCGUUGAGUGUUCAACUCUACACCGUGCCAACAGUCGCUCAUCACUUAAUCGCCGCGGAAGACGCUUUUUUCAAACUUCUCCAUACUUUUCAUACGGAAACGAUUGAGAAACAUGUGAAGAACCACGUGCUGCAAUUUGAGAAGAACGCGUCGGGUCAAACGGUUUUCAAACGUGCCGUUUACAUCCUGAUCGAUCUAAAAUACCUCCUGAGCUUCAAACCGGAUCAAUGGACCCAAGAACUUCGGAUGGGAUUUUUGCAUGGCGUUCAACAACUCAUUAAAUUCCUAAAAGUGAUGCAAGGGAUGGAUGCUGUGACACGCCAAGUGGGUCAACAUAUGGAAUAUGAGCCAGAAUGGGAGUCCGCGUUCACUCUUCACAUCAAAUUAGCGAAUAUCAUAACUCUCGUGCUCGAUUGGUGCUCCACGGAUCAAGUUGUACUUGUCAAAGUGUAUCGCAUGGUGGUCGAUGCCUUGCUGGAGAACAAAUUUAUUGUGUCGCAGACGAAAGCGGAGGUUCGGGAGCUUGCCGAUCACAGUGCCAACUGUUUACAAUACGAUGUCUUAUCGAAACCAGUUUCAAUUCAUUUGCCGUUAACACGUUUCUUGGCAGGACUUUAUAUUAACUUUGAGAAAUUCGGUUUGGAUUUCGAUUCGGUUACGGGAAAUGUCGAAAAACCGACCCCAGAAAGGAUUAUUGAGCCGGUUUUGUGUGCAAGAACGAUGAUUUCUCAAGUUUGCGCGGGAAUGUGGCGUCGAAAUGGAUAUUCGCUCUUGAAUCAACUCUUUUUCUAUCGGAAUGUGCGAUGUCGUGCCGAGAUGUUGGACCGGGACAUCAUAAUUUUGCAAAUGGGAGCUUCCCUUAUCGAAAGUAACGAGUUUCUUAUUCAUUUGUUGAACAAAUUUAACUUACUGGCAUGGGCUUCUCCCAAUUACGAGCCAAGUACGAGUGGCGUCGAAGAGGAUGGCGUUCGUCAAAUCGCCAAUAUGAUCGAUGAGUUUUUGGAAUUGCUCAUAAUUAUCAUCGGGGAGAGAUAUACGCCGGGAAUAGGAUGCGUUACGGAAGACGAUCGUUUGCGGAAAGAAAUUAUUCAGCAGCUUUGUAUUAAGCCGUAUUUACAUUCGGAGCUGAUGAAGUCCCUGAGUGAAGAUGCAAAUGGCGAAACUGGCAUGGAAAAUGUCAUUGAUGAUGUUGCGGUCUUUAAAAAACCAUCGCAAGCCGAGAAAAAAGGAGUUUAUGAACUGAAAGAGGAACAUUAUGAGAAUUAUAAUAUGUACUUUUAUCACUAUAGUAAGGAGGAAAAGUCAAAAUCUGAGGAAGCGCAACGCAAAAGGAAACAAGAUAAGAAUGAACUGGUUUGUUGUCCGCCGCCAAAGUUACCAAAACUUACGCAGUCUUUCAGUAUGAUCACAAAUAUGCUACAAUGCGAUGUUAUGCUUCAAUGUAUGCAAACUGUGCUUAAGCGAGCGUUGGAUUUAACAGCUAUCACUUUUCUUGAAAGUCAUUUAGCGAAGACUCUUCAUUUGAUGGGAUACGCAUUACAAGAAGAAGAAUCCGGAAACUAUCCUUUCCUCCUGUUCCUUGAACGUUCGUCAAAUUGGGGCUUACUUCCUUUGUUAGAAGAAUUAGCAAAGAGUCCAAGAGUUGAAUCACAACGCGACUUGAUCGUUUGGGUCAUCAAAAAGUUCAAAGAACUCAAACAACGCAAAACCGACGAAGAAAUGCAACCAGAGCCCGAAACGGAAACCAUGCAAUCCGAGUCGCAACAAACCGCAGCAAUUGCUGAACAAGCGCAAAAAGAAGAACGCGCCCGUCUCGCCGCAAAACGUCGCGCCCAAAUUUUAGCUCAAAUGGCAAAUGCGCAAAAAACCUUCAUGGAAGGCAAUGCCGAGUUGUUCAAGGAAGCAAAUGACGACGCCAAUAUGCGAGCAAGUACCUCAUCUGCUGGCGCCAUGGAUUGGCAAGAUGACGAAGGAACGUCGACAGAAGAGAUUAAAGUCGAAAAUUGCUGCUUAGGCCCGAACCGGAAAAUUGUCCGUUUAGAAGAUAAGGAAUACACGUGCAUCUUAUGUUCAGAAGACGCGGUUGUAAGUCGUUACGGACCCUCAAUGGUAUAUCCGGCAUUCAUCCAGAAGAGCAGUGUGUUGUCUCGUUACCAGAAAACCAGUGACGGGGUCUUGCAAUAUCUCGAAACAACGAUUCAUCCAUCGCCGCAUACAAGCACAUGCGGGCACGUCAUGCACAUUUACUGUUUCAAGCAAUAUUUCGAGAAUGAAAAGUCCAAGGAAAGUCGUCGCCCGUACCGAAAUCGAACUCCGGUGCUAUUCGACGUCGACAAAAACGAAUUUUUGUGUCCUCUGUGUCGCUUUUUGUCGAAUUCCGUGUUGCCCCUUGUCCCGGCAUUGCCGACUUUGAGUGAAGGACCGAGCGAUUUGAAGAAGGCACUCGAUUCUCUGGACUUUAAUACAUGGCUCGAGCUCAUGGAUGACUUUACGGCACAACUUCCGUUGGAAUAUCCGCUCGAAGGGGACUUCAAGAAGGAAGUACAACGCACAUGCAACGAACUCUACGAAAGCAAAUUCGUCAAAGUUGUCAAUGAAAAGUUCAAUUUGAACAUCGAAAUCGAGAAAAGUGGUCCCGAAAAACACUUGAACGCCAUUUUUGGCGAAACCACAGAACAAAACGUGAAUAAUUUCGUGAACGCUAUAAAGACAAUUUCGCCGUAUCAUGCCCCAGCACCGGGAAUCGAGCAAUUUUUGGUGACUUGGCUUUCGUGCGGUUACACAAUUGAAUCUCUCGAAAUGCUUCUGCGUGCCACAGAUAAGCCACUGAAGGGAGAAAUGUCAAUUCGUUACACUUCAUGCUUGUCGGGACUUGUGCGCAUCUCCGGCAUCAUUUGCGCCAACAAUACUCGUUCAAAUAUCGAAAUGAUCUCACACUUGAAGUCCGUUUACGAUAUUUUACUGGCACGAAAAUCGGCUUGUGUGCUUGAAUGGGACCUCUUUGGCAUGAUGGUGAUGUUAAUUUUUUCGACGCGAUCCGUACUUGGAGCGGGAUUCGGCGAAGCAAGUAUCCCCAAGGGAGAACGAGUUGAUCAUUCGAUCGUUAAAGCGAUUUUUUUGGCGACAAUUUUGCGAAUUCUCAUCACGUACGAGCCAAAUACGGAAAUGGACACCUUCAUGGAUGACGAUACAGAACCCGCGGUACCAGAAAAUGAGAAACUUUUGUCGUUUUAUAACAAUUACAACAUCUACUUGGAUGACAACGUCGAAAAUCGACCAAAUAUCAGCACGAAAACGCUAAUCGAACAAAUAAAGUUGCAAUGUCACACGUUCCUGCGAUGCUCGUGUCUCCUGUUCAAUUUCAUGACCGACGUGGAGUUGCCCGACGAAUUGCAAUAUCUUGGCGGCGACACGUUCGAAGUGAUGACCUCGUACUUGGGCCUUUCAUCUGAUGUCACUUCAUACUUCGACGAUGCGGUUUGCGUUAAUUUCAUCAAGCGACUCGCGGAUCAUCCAGACAUCAAAGAGUUUAAGAAAAAAAUUUCCGAUCGUCGCACGGAUGAAAUUAUCCCAAUUGUGUCGCCUGUGACGCCCAUCCGACAGUUGAUAACGCUCCCCGAUGACUACAUUGACGUCAUUAACAGUGUUUCGGUCUUUUCGUGUCCAAACUACGAAAAAGAAGAAAGUCGCAAUCCGACAAUGUGUUUGGUUUGCGGCGAAAUUUUGUGCUCCCAAACGUACUGUUGUCAAAAGGAGCUGCUCGUGCAAGAUGCCAUUCGGAAAGACAAGCAAGAAGUUCAACCCGUGGGCGCAUGUACCUAUCACAUGCAUUCGUGCGGUGCGGGAAUCGGAAUUUUCCUCAAGAUUCGAGAAGCGGAAAUUUUGUUGUUGGGUCCCAAUAAGGGAUGUUAUAUCUCAGCGCCGUAUUUAGACGACUACGGAGAGACGGAUCAAGGCCUGAGACGAGGAAAUCCCCUGCACUUGUGUCAAGAUCGCUACAAGAAACUUCACUUGAUGUGGCUGAGUCACGGAAUUCACGAGGAAAUUGUGCGACGUACCGAAUCCGGGCAAAUUCAGUUUGCAACGCAAUGGCAAAAUUUCUAACCGAUCCAACCAAAAAGGACUUUUAAAUGUGUUUCGUUUUGUUUUUUCUCAGAUGAAAAUAUCUCUCUUUGUGAUAUAAAUUCUUCGCAACUCUCUAAAUUACACUUAGCCAAAAUUCAAUUGUGUUAAAUACGUAAAAAAACAAAAAAAAAAAUAAUAGAUCGAUUUAUAAUCUUAUCCAAGUUUAAUAAUUACCUGUCUAAUUACCUAGCUACUAUUACUGAUAAGCAAAUGGCUGGAAUGUGUCUUUCGAAUUCACAACUUAGAGAAAAAAAAAUGUCUCUGCUGAUGGAGAUUUUAACUGUAAAUAUGUUUGAGUAGGAUUUAAUGAACAAAAAAUGAAAUAAA